AUGCCGACAAACUUACCAAAAGUUGUCCUCUCACCAGACGAUAUUCAAUAUUCCAUCAGCGCCUACGAAGUCCUCCUGACAACGGCCAAAGCGUACCGGAAUGCGCUUGCAACGCUCGCUCAAACGGCUAAUGCAUUUGGUGCUGCUUUGGAAAGUUGUGCGAGGCUGAAAGGUGUCGAUGAUGCUUCAGAAGGCCUAUUGAGCGCUGCAGGGUUGCAUUUCUUGAUUGCAAACCAUCAAAGCGUUCUGAGCGAUACCGUCUACCGGUCCUAUGAGAUUCCUCUACGUGAGAAUUUGGAAAGCUUUGUACUGGACGCAGGGCAAAGAAGAGAGGAGUACCUACGAGAACUGGCUCGUCGCAAGAAGAUGCUUGCUGAACGGGAAAAGAAGCACAUUGCGCUGGCGCAUCGCAAUAAACGCUCCCUUGGCGAAUUCAGAGCAGCUCUGAGUGAUUUGACGAUGCUAGCGGAUGACAUUGAUAAGCUCAAGUCGGAUUACUUCUUUACCUCUCUCGGCAGUCACAACGAUACCUGGCACCGUGUCUCUUCUCGCUCUGGCAUCGUCUGCAAAGCCGAACUACAACUCUACAGUGCAAUUGGGCAAAAG